AUGUUUACAUAUAUCAGAGAACAAAAUAAUGGUCAAAAUCCAUUAACUUGUAAAGCCAUUGAUGUUUAUAUUUCAAACGGAUAUUCCGGAAGAACAUCAAAUUUAUUCGAAUAUUCAAAGACUGGACAUGGUUGGGGUUUGUCAGAAGUUACAAACAACUUUAUUAGUUUUGAUUUCAAAGAAAACAAAAUUUCACUUGAAGCUUACACAAUAAAAUCAGGAUAUGCUUCUGGUGGUAGUUAUUGGAAUCAUCCAGUUGAUUUUGCAAUUGAAGGAAGUAAUGACAAUAUAGAAUGGUCGAUGAUUGAUGAUAAACCAAAUAACAUGGACAUAGGAGCAGAUGAUAAAGUUUAUACAUGGAAAUGUAAUAAAUCACCAUUAUAUCGAUAUAUCAGAUUUAGACUCAGGUCUAUUUCUUAUGGUGGUUAUUUAUUUACAGAUCAUUUUGAAUUUUUUGGCAGUAUUAACACUAUGAACAAUGAUAACAUCAAAUACCAUAUUUCAUGUAAUUUCAUGUAUUACAUAAUAUUCCAUAUUCCACUUAUUGAUUUAUUCUUUUUAUCAUGA